AUCCAGACCCAGAGGGUUACAGCACCUGCCUGAAACCUGCAUCCUCUUUCUCACCUGAAAGAAUAAUCCUAGAAAGCUCACAGAAUGUGUGAGGCUUUUUUAGGCACCUGGAAACUCGCCUCCAGUGAAAACUUUGAUGAUUACAUGAAAGAAGUGGGAGUGGGCUUUGCCACUAGGAAAGUGGCUGGCAUGGCCAAACCCUACAUGAUCAUCAGUAUCGACGGAGAUAUGCUCACCAUUAGAACAGAAAGUACCUUUAAAAAUACUGAGAUGUCCUUUAAACUGGGCCAGGAGUUUGAUGAAGUCACCGCAGAUGAUAGGAAAGUCAAGAGCAUCAUAACCCUAGAGGGGGGUGCCCUGGUACAUGUACAGAAAUGGGAUGGAAAAUCAUCCACCAUCACAAGAAGGCGAGAGGGUGAUAAGUUGGUUCUGGACUGUGUCAUGAACAAUGUCACUGCCACCAGGAUUUAUGAGAAAGCAUAAAGGCAAAGGACACAGACCUGGACUCAAGUUUGCAUCAAACUCUACAACAUUUUGUUGGAUGUAUUAUUCAAAAAGAUAAUGAUUGUUUUCCCCUGAUUAGCAGGCAAUUGUCCCCCAACUUGGAUUUUAUUGAAUAUGGUUGUGUUGGUUAAAUAAAACUUUUUAGAUUUAGGAGGUGGUGUGAUUACAUAUUGUGUAGGAUAGUUUUAUAUUCAUAAGUGAGUGAAAGAAAUAGAAAAAUCUGCAUUUUUGCUCUGCUUUUUAUACAAAAUAACAAGAUAUCUCAUAAUAAUGCAAGGUAAAAAAAGUUAGUAUCUGCGGAUUUUCUUGUUACCCUAGGUAGGAGAUUAGUAUGUGUCAUGACUGAACAUUUAAUCCCUCUUUCACAUAUCUAUGACCAACAAACUAUCUCACAGGGAGUAAAGCAGUUUUAAACAUAGGGAAAUUGUCCACAAUCUCAAUCUUCUAGUCCAAA